CGCGCAAGUUACCAGAAACUGUUAUCACUCUGCGACAGGAUGGCGACUAGCAUGCAAGCCUUGUGCUGUGCUCUCACUUUUGUACUUAGUCUUGCUGUCCAUAGCUCUCAAAGUGAGUUAAAUCAUGGAGGUAGGAAACUACCUCCAUGGUUAAAUUAUAUACCACAUGACAGAGUAUUGAUCACUGAUCAAACUGAUCACUUUCAUCAAGAAAUUCCAGACAGGGCGCAAAAUAUAAAAGUGUGUGACCUGGGUGAAGGCGUCGCAGACAAGUUGGAGAAGAUCCGACUCAGAAAGGAAAAGACAAAUUUUGCAUUGAUUUUUAAAAUCAAAGACGAGGUGAUAGUCCUGGAGGAUGAACUUGAAGACAUGUCAGUUGAUGAGUUACAGGCAGAAUUACCCACCAGCCAGCCGCGCUACGUCGUCCUCAGCUAUUGUUAUAAGCACGACGAUGGACGAACCUCCUACCCACUCCUCUUCAUCUUUUUGUCUCCAUCAGGAUGUAAACCAGAGCAGCAGAUGAUGUACGCUGGAUGCAAACUAAAUUUUGUCAAGGCGUCUGGCCUUACAAAGGUUAAUGAGAUUCGGAAUGUAGAAGAGUUGACGGAGGAGUACAUUCAGGAAAAGCUUUCAUUCUACCAUUAGUGCAAUCCUCAUCAUCAAGUCCAUAUCAGAUUGUCAUCACACAGAAGCAACCCCUGAAUACUGAACUGGCUUAUUAGAAGGUGAACAAGAGGUAUACUACAAGUUAUCCCGCGAGCGCGAGUGGAACACGGAAUAAUGUAGUGCGUCUGUUUCGUCGGAGUGGUAUGUGAACACAGAUGCACUACAUUUUCCGUGUUCCAUGAGCGGGAGCGUGAUAAUGAGUUUAUCUUCAAGCAAACUUGACGCGCAGUACAGUUGGAACGAGCACGCUUUACAGGAACAUUUCAGCAAUUUAUUAGCGCAUGCAGCUGGAAU